AAGUGCUACAGUACCGAAAUCCGAAAUCUUUUCGGAACUAAACAAGGCCUCAAUUGCGUUGCGAGCGCGAGAGGCAAGCCGAAGCUCUCCGAUGGAGUCGGAGCCGCCGCAGCGGUGGGCGGCGACGUACACGAAGCAGGUGAAGCAGAAGCGAAAGGCCUAUCAGGACGGUGCCCUCCUCCUGUACCCCUCCUCAGGCCGUCUCGUCCUCCUCGACGACGCCGGCGAUACCCUAGAGUCCAGAUUCCUCCGCUCCAGCGAGGAAAUCUCCGCGGGGGCCGCACUCUCCUUCCAGGCCCACCUCGUCGACGUCGGCGAGCCCGAGGACGGCCCCGCCACGUAUACAUCCUCCUCCGCCCCCGCCUCCGCCGCUGCUGGUUCCAGGAACGCGCGCCGCGGCGGUGCCGCCAGGGCGCGCCCUCCGAGCUCGGGGAGGGUGUUCCCGCCACGCGUGCCCCGCACGUUUGUGAACCCGUCGAAGAGCCACGGCUGCGGUGAUGGAGGCCAAGGUGAAGCAGCGGGCUCUGGUAGAGCCGAUGUGGCGGAAUCCAAGUUCCAAGAGUGGACCGCGCUUUACACCGCCCAGCUGACUCAGAGGGCGAAAAAGUACCAUGAUGGCUUGGUGAGGCUUGUGCAAAUUGGUCCGCAAGCAAAGCAGAUUGUUUUGCUCGAUGAAGAUGCCCAAGUACUGUGCAGCAGGCAUCUCAAGUCAGGGGAAUCCAUUGAAAGUGGGAAGAAGUGCCAUUUUUCUAAUUAUCUGGUAGAUAUUUGUGAGGCCAAAAAUCAGAAUAAAGAGCAUACCUCAGAGGAAUCUAUGGUGCACACAAAACCAAUGAAUGGGAAGAGUACAAGUAACAAGAUGGGAAUGGGUGCAUUGAGUAAAUCUCAGAAAUUUAUUAGUCCACAUAAAUUUCAUGAUCUUGAGAACACUGACUCAGAAGUCGCUGCUAGCUCUGGCAAGCAAGAGACUGACAAUGCUGAAGCAGUGUCUGCUGACCAACCAGGGAGCCUUAUCGAAGCAGAUUCAGAUUUCAAAGAAUGGAAUGCCUUGUAUACCACCCAACUAACUCAAAAGGCAAAGAAAUACCAUGAUGGCAUCAUAAGGCUCAUGCAAAUUGGCUCACACGCAAGGCAGAUUGUUUUGCUGGAUGAAUAUGGUGAAGAGCUUGGCAGCAGAUACCUCAAGUCAGUUGAAUCUGUUGAAAGUGGGAAGAGAUUCCAGAUGCCUAACUAUCUUAUUGAUGUCUGUGAGUUUAGAAAUCAGAAGAAUGAGCCUAGACACUCUUCGAAGGAGGCUUUGAGUCAGACAGGACUGAGAAAUGAAGAGAAUACAAGUGACAAACAGAGUGGAAAAAGUAAAUCACCAAAGUUUGUUAGUCCAUUCAAGUGCCAAGAUCUUCGGAAGCGUCACUGGGAAAGCACUACAAGCUCCAAUAGGCCACAGAUUGGCCCAACUUCCAGUAACUUGGAUGCUCCACCAAAUUUCAAUGAUCCUUGGAGUAAAUCAGACUGCAAUGUCAAUAGAAGGGCUAACUGUAGUGAAUCAGCAUUUGGUAUCAUGGAUGAUCCGCUUAAAUUUAGUCACAUACAGAGGGCCACAGCUACCAAUCCUUGUCCUGCAUUUGGCCAAUUAAGUUCUACCAGGGAUCUGCCACAGUUUCAUGAUCUUCAGGCAGGAUGCCCCAGGAGUUUUGACAGGAGAGAGGUUGGCAAAUCAACUUUUGGUAACAUGGAUCAUUCAGUACGAACUGCAUCCCAAAUACUUUCCAUCAUGAAGCCCCCAGCAGAAGUCAGAAUUUCCCAAAGCGCUCCAUCUGGACAAGCACAUUCAGUGGCAUCUUCUGUGUCAAGGACUGCUUUUGAUGUGAAUUGUAGAAAAAACUCAGUGGUUGAUGAUUCAAACAGAUCAUUUGGUGGUAGGGAGACCUCUGGAUUAUCUCACUUUGCUACCCAGCUUCGUUCAUCCAUACAAUGUUGUUUGAACUUAGAAACUCUGCCACGAAAGAACUCAGUAAGGGAUCAUCAAUGGAAUGAAUCAUCAGGAAACAAUUAUUCAACUUAUGAUGAUCCAAACAUCAGGAGACCAGCUGCUUUUGAGGGUCUGGGUUUGGCCAUGGUAGAUACCUUAGCAUCUAACAUGCCCAAUGCAAAAGGACAGAAACUAGAUUCAAGCAAUCAGCACUCUGGAAGUUCUAGUGAUAAUGUGCUAGUUAUGAACAUUGUGACAGACACAGGAUUUCAAGAUGGCGGAAGUGGAACAGCAGACCAGCCAACCACACAGAACAGUUCAACGGAUGGGACAUUUGAUGACCCCCCAUCGACAUCUGCUUACACCCUGACAUGUAAAGACCCCAAGAUCCAGGCACUAAUUGAUGAUUGCCCUUCUUUUGACCUUGGCUUCUAACCAGAAGGAUUUCGCUCUUGUGAUGAUCCGUGGGCAGAAUUCAACCAAAGGCGGCGGUUUUGUGAAGAAAUCGGGAGGGCGAAGUGUGUGCGUCGGUGCUCAGGGUUGCGCCCGGUUGCAGCUCUUUUCUCUCCUCUUUUUCCCCUUUUGUAAACCCAACACUGAACUGACUGGCCGCUUUUGCUGUUUGGCCCUUUGCUUGACACGAGUGUGAUACACGUCGUCGAUCGCUUCAGUGUAAAGUCAUUCCAUUAGGUUUCUUGUAAGAGAAGCCCGGUCAGUUGAGUGUUGCUGCUAGUCUAAAUUAUUGGUUACUUUUGUUGUCAAAAAAAAAAUUAUUGGUUACUUUAAA